AUGUCAGACUCAGGAUAUGCAAUCGGCUCUGGGGCUGCCCAGAAGAAGGAUGUGUACAAGGAACUACGACAGAACCCAUACCUCCUUGGCCUAUCAGCUUUUGCCUCACUUGGUGGCUUUCUCUUCGGCUAUGACCAAGGAGUAAUUUCUGGAGUCCUCACCAUGGAGUCUUUCGCUGCAGCCUUUCCAAGAAUUGCCCUCGACAGUUCAUUCAAGGGCUGGUUCGUAUCGACUCUACUACUCGCUGCUUGGUUUGGCUCGCUCGUGAACGGUCCAGUGGCAGAUCGCUUUGGACGCAAAGGCUCAAUCAUAAUUGCCGUCGUCAUCUUCACCGUUGGGUCUGCGCUUCAGGCAGGUGCCAUCGAUAUUCCAAUGGCUUUUGCUGGUCGAGCAAUCGCCGGUUUCUCAGUCGGCAUGCUCACCAUGAUCGUCCCCAUGUACAUGAGCGAGGUCUCCACAGCAGGUAUCCGAGGCACACUCGUUGUCCUACAACAACUCUCAAUCACCCUCGGUAUCCUCAUCUCCUACUGGCUCGAGUACGGGACUCAGUACAUUGGCGGGACGCGGUGCGCGCCAGAUAUCCCUUACACAGGCGGCACGGCCUCGAAACCAAGUUUCCAUCCUAUCAACGACGUGGGUCCGGAGGGAUGUACCGGCCAGAGCGACGCUUCGUGGCGUGUCCCAUUCGCUAUCCAAAUAUUCCCUGGUCUCGUGCUCGGAAUCGGCAUGUUGUUCUUCCCAGAGUCGCCGCGAUACUACUGCAAGCGGGACAACGAAGAUGCGGGUCUCCGCGCCCUCGCUCGAGUAAGACGAGCCAGUCCCGAUGACGAAGAAGUACAGAGAGAAUACCUAGCUAUCAAAGCAGAAGUCAUGUUCGAAGAGACGUAUGCUCGGGAAAAGUUCCCCGGCAAGUCAGGAGUGUCGCUCUACCUAGCCGGCUACUCGACCCUCUUCUCGACCUGGCCCUCCUUCAAGCGCACAGCUAUCGGCUGCUGCGUUAUGUUUUUCCAACAAUUUAUCGGAUGCAAUGCGAUUAUCUACUACGCUCCGACGAUCUUUGCCCAGCUGGGGUUGUCAGGAAAGACAACGGGGUUGUUGGCAACUGGUGUUUAUGGAAUCGUAAACACACUCUCCACCCUCCCCGCCCUCUUCCUCAUCGACAAACUCGGCCGCCGCCCCCUCCUCCUCUGCGGCGCAGCCGGAACCUGCAUCUCGCUGCUCAUCGUCGGCGGCGUAAUCGGGGGCUACGGCUCAACUCUCUCUGCGCACCCCGCCGCAGGCUGGACCGGCAUCGCCUUCAUCUACAUCUACGACAUCAACUUCUCCUACUCCUGGGCGCCCAUCGGCUGGGUCCUCCCCUCUGAAAUCUACAACAUCGGAAACCGCUCAAAGGCCAUGUCGCUAACGACGUCUGCGACGUGGAUGUGUAAUUUCAUCAUUGGGCUCGUCACGCCGGAUAUGCUGGAUAGUAUUGGGUUUGGCACGUACAUCUUCUUUGCGGGAUUUGCGCUCGUCGCCUUUGUAUUUACGUGGUUCUGUAUUCCUGAGACGAGGAGUAAGAGUCUCGAGGAGAUGGAUGCCGUGUUUGGGGAUAGCACGGCACAUGAGGAGAAGAUGAGGCUGUUUCAUAUUGCGCAGAGUUUGGGUAUUCGUGAGGCGGAGGAGGCGGCGUUGGAUGAGAAACCGGUUAAGGCGUUGCAGAAGGAGAAUGUCGAGGCGUGA